AUGGCCUUCAGGCGGGCCGAGAAACUGUACAAGGAGCGGCGGACGGGCGAGGGCUGGACUGUGCAGGCCCUGGUGGUGGCGCCCAGCCAAGAGCUGGCCAUGCAGGUCGUGAGGGCCGCGCGCUCCCUGCUCCCCGAAGACGCCCGCCCCGCAGUGCAGCAGCUCAUCGGCGGCGCCAGCCCGCUGCGUCAGCGCGAGGCGCUCGCGCAGCACCGCCCCAUCGUCGUCGUCGGCACGCCCGGGCGGCUGGCCGAGAUGGUGCGGGCGGCUGCCCUGCAGCUGCACAGGUGCCCGUUACUAAUUCUGGACGAGGCGGACCAGCUGCUGGCGUCGAAUUUCGUCGAGGACAUGACUCACAUCGUGUCGCACGCUGGCAAGCGCAUCGAGGGCGGCCGGCAGACGGUCCUGGUGUCAGCCACGCUCUCGUCCACGGUACUGCGGAAGUUUGACCGGUGGUGCCCCGAGCCCGCCUACGUCACCGCCGGCGGCGCCGCGCCGCACCUGGCUGAGCACACGGGCGGCCCGGGUUACGCCGCCGCCGACGCCGGCGGCGCGGGCGCGCCUGCGUACGGCUGGGGCGUCUCCGGCUGGGACGGGCCGGCGUCCAACGCCGCGCCGCGGACGCAAGGGACUGCGGGCGGCGCCGAGGGCUCCGACCUCGUGCCCACCAUGCCGCCGGCGCUGCAGCACGUGUACGUGAUUGCCGAGCUGCGCCACAGGGUCGACACGCUGCGGCGCUGCGUGCACGCGCUCGGGGCGGGGAAGGCGUUGGUGUUUAUGAACUUCCAGCAGCGACUCAAGGACGCGCAGCACAAACUUGACGCGCGCAACAUGGAGACCGCCUCCCUGCACGGGGAGAUGGGCAAGCAGGCGCGCCAGGCGGUGCUGGAGGCCUUUGCGCGGGGCGACCAGCGGCUCUUGCUGGCGUCUGAUGUGGCGGCAAGGGGGCUUGACGUGCCGGGCGUGGAUGCCGUUUUCAACCUUGAGCUCCCCUCCAACGCCGCCCACUACGCCCACCGCGCCGGCCGCACCGGCCGCAUGGGCGCGCCCGGUGUGGUCGUAAGCAUCGCGGCGCCCUCUGAGCGCUUUGUCGUGGAUCGGCUGGCGCAGCGGCUGGGGGUGCCUAUACUGGAGGCUCACGUGCAAGACGGAGAGUUUGUCGUCGGGCCGCCCCCGCCCCGCGCCGCGCCGAAGAAGCGCAAGCAGCAGCCCGCCGACGGCGCACCCGACGCCGCGGGCGCCGCGGGCAGCGCCUCUGCGUCCAAGGCGCGGCAGCAGCAGAAGGCCCAGCAGGAUGACGAGGACGAGUUUGAGGAAAUUUACGAAGAUGAGGAUGACGAGGAUGAUGAUCUGGACGAGAAGCUGGCGGAAGCUAGGGCUGCGGCGGCCAGCGGGAAGCUGGACGGGCGGGCGCUUGCGGGCCUGGAGGAGUUCCUGAAGCAAGAGAAAUAUCUUGGCAGCGGCGGCGAACGCGCAGCUGUCCCCAGGAUUUUGAACGGCCAGAGCGUCGCGCUCCAGAGCCCGACCGGCAGCGGCAAGGUGCGCCCUGCGGCCGGCCCUGGCGCGGCAGCGGCAGCGGCGGCGGCGGCCGCGCGCUCGCUCUAA